GAGCUUGAACCGUGCUAGAGCUGCGCGCUCGCUGCCUUUUCUACAUGAUUACCAGUGUUAAGUGUACUAUCCAGGAAAAGUUUUGAUAAAAUCUAUAGGCGCGCGAGGAAGAGCUGGCGGAGGCCACACGCGCGGCCGCGCAGCUGCAGCAGCACCCGCAGCAAGCGCAGCUGCUGAAAGACCUGGAACAGGCGCGCGCGCAGCUGGGCGAGCACGCGCGCUACGUGGCGGCGCGGCUGGCCGCGCUGGCGCGCCUGCGCGAUCGCAUGGACGCCGCGUUGCAUACAAUCGCCGCCAUACACACGCAGGAGGAGGUGGAGCAGCAGGCGGCGGAGGUGCGCGAGCUGGUGCAGCAGUGCCGCGAGGUGGAGCGCGAGUGCGGCGCGGCGCGCCACGGCGUGGCGGCCCAAGUGCGCGAGCGCGCCGCGCGCCUGCACGCGCUGUGGGACGCCGCGCGCCGCCGUGCCGCCGCCAGCCCAGCCAACGAAUCUCCGCUCAAAACCGCCUCCCCAGUUUCGGUCCGCGAUCACGAUUCCCCUGUUACCCGCGAAUCGUCACUUAAAAGCGACUCCGUUUCGGCCCGCGACUCCCCUAAACCCAACGGCGAGAUGGAGAAGGAGAUUGAAGAGAGUCACCAGGAGACGGAGAAGCAGCAAAAGCCGGAAAGCCGGCGCAGUUCCGCGGACAGCCAGGCCAGCGGUGAGUUGUUUGCUUUGUCUCGUCGGGGAAGACGCUUGGUGGCGGGCAUCACGUGAAUAACUUCUGCACAAUUCCCCACUAACAAUUGAAUUUGUAUCGGGGUGAUGGAAAAUUACCAACAACUCAAUACACCUAUUGUUAAUUUCCGACACACCCGACAGGUCUGAUUGCUAUAUCCAAGAAACCUUUCGUUUUUUAUCACAAUAAUUUUCAGUAGCAAACGAUACAUAUAACAUUUUAUGCUUGAAAAUAGAGCCUACUCUUCUAAAAGGCCGGCAACGUAGCCGCAAUUACCCUGAUAUUACAGUCGUUCAUGUUGAAAUGAUACGCAUGCUCAUUCAUCGCUUCUAUAAAAAAAAAAACUGCUUUAACUUCCCACAUUUUCUAGUAGUUAUUUUUUCCAAAACGAAAUGUUUCUUGAAUAUAGUCACCAGCCAUUAUAACCAGCGCACGUUGGCCAGUUACUAUCACCUAUACACAAAUGUUUGCCGUUUGAUUUGAGCAAUAAACGUUUGGGAUACUAACAGCUCGUUUUAUUCGCUAACCUUGCCUUGUGUGUCUACUAACUCACGGCUUUAACAAAUUAAGUAUACUACAUAGUUCACAACUGUAAUAAGAAUUAAUUUUAGAAUUCAAUUGUAUUUAUAAAUACCACGUUUGUAUUAAGUUAAAUAUCAGAAUUAAUUUAUCGCCAAAUUCACGAUAUAUCUUUAACCUACGAGCGGUUAUACGUAAGUAUCCAUAUACUUACGCAUACACGCUAUGGAGGAGGCAAGAAAAGUGUGUCAAAAUCGUGCUAAAUGAAAGUCCUUAUUCUCUGCCUACCCCUCUGGGUAUCAAGCGUGAGUGUUUAUGUUAUGUUUCUAACAAAAAAGAUAGAUGGAGCACUACUUACAGUUGACACGCCAUCACGCACAUACCUUUCUUACUUUUUUCACAGCUCGUAAAAGUCUUCUGCUGAACGCACACAUAUGAACCUAAAACCACAUUGAUUGCAAAUUAUAUUGGAUGCAUAUGUAUGCGUUAAUACGUGAUUUUCAAUAACUUGAAUAUGGUUUUGGUUGAACUUCACCGUUACUUAUAAUAGACGAAUAGAGUAAAUAAAUUAUGCUCAUAUUGGACAUUAGUAUAGUUUAUUUUUAUGGGCUAAUACAGUUAUAGAUUUCGAAACAAAUAGGCAUAAUACUAUAGAGUCAUAAAGAAACAUAGGCCUUGGAGCCAUCCAUCUAGGAUACAAGACUUUUGAAUUUUUCCAAUGUAGCCUCUUACGCCAUAAGAAGCUAGCUUGGAAAAAUUCAACAGUCUUGUAUCCUAGAUAUAAAACACCAAGAUCGGCCUGGAGAGCUGACUCCAAGAUGCGAAUUUACUAACAACAAAAUAUACUGGAUGGCGCUUAGGUUAUCACGUUAAACAGCACAGCAAUUAAUACAAGUUGAUAUAUGUCUGUUACAAUAAUAAAAGAAAAUAAAAAAUGCAUUUUUCAAACAAAGUAAAUAGCGUAAAAAAUUGACAACAAAUAAAUCAUCCUUGAUAAUAUUAGUUUACUGACCUGAAGUGACCUGAAAGAUCGGCAACAGCGCUCAGUGCUCACGUGACAUCGACAUAGGUAAUUAUAACCUACACUUGACCAUACCAUAAUUAGGCACGCGUAGGGCGAUGCUAAUCCGAUGUUAUCAACGAAUCAUAAACUUCAUGGUAUUGUUUUUAUCCAAAUAAUCACUUUAAUAUUGAAAUCACUCAAGUUUAAUAAUCAAAUCAAAUCAAAUUUUGAAGAAAAAAAAAUAAUGUUGAUGUAUUCUGACGACAUGAAAUUGUGAUACAAAGAAUCUUAAAAUUUAAAAAAUGUUAAGACGUUAAAAAUUAAAAGCGUGCAAUUGCGCACGGGCUGUCACACCACUAAGUUAUUAAAUAUGCUUAUCUAGCGUAUUAUUAACGUGUCCUAUCACAAACAAAUUAAGAAACUUAUUAAAAUGUCCACAAAACAAAAAAAAACAACAAUUAAAACUUAAAGGACGUGUACGCGAAAAACGAAAUUUAGAUCAUGCGACUCAUGAAUCAUCACCAAGGACGCCGGCGUCGGACUAAGUGACGUACUUUCUUACUAAUCGUCGCACGCGCCAGAGGUAAAUAUGAAUUUCGACACCCCGUCUCAUUUCUUGUCACUUCGCGCAUAGAGAAUUAUGCCUUAGUCCUUUAAGGUGGCACAAGUCGCGGGCUCGAACUCGCUCGUGGGCGCGGCCAAAAAGCACGCUGUCUCACUUGACAUCGUGCCCGACAAAGAUAGUAUCAGUGAUGAGCAUAUCGACACUAGUAUUCACGCACGUCUUGUUCCGAACCGUUAGAAUAAAAACGAAGUUACACGAACACGAUGCAACAUCUAUCUAUACUAAUAUAAUAAAGCAGAAGAGUGUUUUUGUUUGUUUAAACGUGCUAAUCUCUGGAACUACCAGUCCGAUUUGAAAAAUCUUUCUUUGGAUAUUAUAGCCAGAUUCAUGUUCAUUCAGGCUAUAUAUCUCAGCUAGCCUAUAUUUGUGGAAGUCAGAAGAAAAAGCGCUGUUAUGGUUCGGGAUACGUAAAUACAAUGUUCUAGAAAAAUAUAGAUCUUUACUCCCUCUAAAAAAAAGUCCGCGAUACCAUAUGUCUAUUUCUUAUAUAUAAGCCACAAUUAGGCAUUUUAUGAC